AUGGAGGACCCUCUGGUCUCGGCAACAAAUGGAGCGGCCAUCGGACGCCCUGUAUCACCAGCUCCGCCGGCCACAUCAACAAUCGAUCCUCAAUUAAUCAUCUCAUACUUGGAAUCCGUUCUCCAUGUCACCCUUGGCGCUUCCAGACAGGAGUUACAAGCCAACAAUAGUUUCUUGAGUUCGGAAAACCUGCCAGAAACACUUGCGCGAUGUCAGAGAUUUGCUUCCGAAGCCCAGGUUGCCAUCUACGUCCAGCAAGAGGCUCUAGAUGCUGCAGAUGGCAUCCAGGGGGACGGCGAUGCUCNUCGUGUCGACGCAAUCCACAUACCUUCUCGAUUCGAAGCUCACCUACACGCCAUCGACGGCAUCCUGUCAGUAAUCAACCUGCCUGGUGCAGGCGCCUCCUUGUCGACGAACCCCAACGCUGGUUCUUCCGCCUCGCCAUUCGAAGCUCUCCAUUCCCUCGUACACUUUGCCUUGGCUCCCUACUUCGACGCCUGCACAAAGAGCCAGGAAUCUAACCAUGCAUACACCAAACACACAGACGCCGAGUCUCGCACUGGUAUUCCCGGUGCAAAGAGGAGGAUUGCCGAGCUUGAACUCAGUCUACGGAAUCUACAACAGAACAUUGAUGUGCCCGACCUGCAUCUACCCAUACACCCCGUAAUCCAAGCCGCUGUCGAUGAAGCCACCGCGCGCAGCGAGAAACCCACCUCAGCACAUCUGCCACAGUCUUUGCUUACUGAUGCGCAUUUCCUAAACAACCUACAAGCUGCCGUCAACGGCUGGAUCAAGGCCAUUCAGGAGAGCACCCAGCGAUCGCGCGACCCCAGCACAGGCACGGCUAUGCAAGAGAAGAACUUCUGGUUAUCGAUGGAAUCAGCUUUGGACAGCAUUGAGCGUCAGCAAAACAGCGAUCCCGUACGUCUGUCCCUUGAUGUGCUCAGUCAGGCCAAACGCCAUGCUACUGCUGUCAGUUUCCAUGCCGAUACUGGUUUCAAGGAGGCUGCCGAUAAAGUGAUCAAGUACAACCAACUAAUGCGAGAGCUUCCCUUGGAAGAGCUGCUUGCCGCCGCUACUCUGGUCAAGAUUCAAGAAGCACUCGACCAGGUCUUCCAGCAUAUCAACAAGAAGUUGAGAGUGUGCGCAUAUCCUAUUCGCCGCGCUUUGCCCUUGGUCGAAGCCAUCUCUGGUGAUCUGGACACUAGGCUCCAUGAGCUGCUCCACGGCCGCAGUCUUAUGCAUCUCGACUUCCAGGAGUUUCAAAAUUUGAUGGCGGCGACAGACAAGAUUUGGGACAUCUGGGAGGAGAAUUUCAAGGAAUUUGCCAAUGCUGCAAGAGAAGUCAUCAGACGCAGAGGCGAAAAGUUCAUCCCCAUCAAGAUUGACCCACGUCACAAGCAGACCAAGGAUCGCCUAAAGUACAUUAACACUUUCCGCGUCAACCACGAGCAGCUGCGCGACACCAUUGCCAACGUUCUAGGAGAGGAUCAGGAUAACAUCCAUAAUGACGGUGUUUCUGGACCUGUCAUCAUCGAAGAGAUGGGCGACGUUGACGCAAUUGAUGAGAUUUCACAAGCGUAUUCUGUCCUGAAGGAUGUGGAUGUUCUUGAUGUUUCUGAAGAAGGCACCCGCAUCUGGGUGCGUGCCGAAGCUACAUACAAUGAACGCACAGCACGCGUUGAGAAUUCGAUCAUUGCUCGCUUGAGAGACCGUCUAGCGCUUGCCAAGAACUCAAACGAGAUGUUCCGUGUCUUCUCAAAGUUCAAUGCUCUCUUUGUUCGACCAAAGAUUCGAUCUGCAAUCUCUGAGUACCAAACGCAGCUGAUUGGGAAUGUCAAGAAUGACAUUGCAGCAUUGCAGGAGCGUUCCAUGCACCCUUACGGUCAUACUGAGACACAUGCUAUGGCCCAGCUUCGUGACCUGCCACCUGUCUCUGGUGCCAUUAUUCGCACACGGCAGAUUGAGAGACAGCUGAACGCGUAUAUGAGAAAAGUUGAGGACGUUCUCGGCAAGGAUUGGGCUCUUCACGUUGAGGGCCAGAAGCUUCAGACUGAGAGCAAUAUGUUCAGGAAGAAGCUUGAUGUCAAGCCUGUAUUCGAUGAAUGGUUGCGAGAUGUCAACCGCCGACAACUUUCCGUUUCUGGUCGGUUGUUCGCCAUUAGCCGCAAUCGUGCCAGUGGCAACAUCCUCGAAUUGAGUGUCAGCUUUGACGCUCAAGUCAUCACUCUUUUCAAAGAAGUUCGCAACCUGCAAUGGCAGAAGUUCACAAUACCCCACGCCAUCAACAACACUUCAAAGGAAGCAAGACGUGUCUACCCAUAUGCCGUCAGCUUGAUGGAGAGCGUCAACACUUAUGCUCAAACUAUCAACGUCAUUGACAGUAUGCCCGAAGUUUCAAUGCUUGUCAAUGGCGUUCGAAGUGAAGUGCAAGGUCUCAUCGCAAAGGGUACUCCCCUGAAGUGGGACAGUUUGUCGGGUGCUUACGAAGUCAAUGUCCGUCAAAUGCCUACAGGAUCCUCGGAUCAGACGGAAAGCAAGCAUGUCAAGUUCAUCAGAGACUUUGCCAAGGCGAUUCGUGAUCUGCAAGAAAAGACGUCGCUACUAUCGUCGAUCAACAUUGCCGUACAAACUGCACUCACAGAGCUCGAAACAUGCCCAUACACCCAAGAAGCAUUCAGACAACAAAUUGACAUUAUUCAAAAGUCCGUCGAUCAGCUGAAUCUGAAGAGCUUCUCUAAUCUCUCCUUAUGGGUCGCUGAGACGAACCAGAAGAUUCAACUAGUCUUGUUGUCUCGCUUACAGCACGCUCUGAGGCAAUGGAUUGCCAUAUUCGCUGCGCUGAAGGAUGACGAUGACGAUACCGAGGACGCAGAGCAAGACCGCGAUGUCCCUCACUUCGAACCUUGCAUGCACGAGAUGGCUAUGCGCAACCAGUCUAUCUAUCUUGACCCUCCGCUUGAGAGCGCGAGAGCUACCUGGCUCCAGCACCUCCAUGACUGGCUCAGCAUUGUCUGCAGUCUGCCCAAGAUUCAGGCCGAAAGAUUCGAGCUCGCUCUUGGCUUCAAUAAAGACCCUGUCGCUGCCACUUUCUCCGACUUGCCAUUGUUGUGUGUUGAUCCUCUUUCAAACGCAUACAACGCAGUAGAAGACAAGAUCUCUGUGAUUGGCGGCUAUGUAGACCAAUGGCUCCAGUUCCAAUCUCUGUGGGAUCUACAAUCUGAACAGGUAUACGAAUACCUGGGAGAAGAUCUCGCAAUGUGGUUGCAGCUUUUGCUCGAGAUUCGCAAGAAGCGCGAGACUUUCGACACUACUGAAACCACUCGCACAUUCGACCAUCUCACAAUUGAAUACGAGCAAGUGCAACUCAAAGUCAACGCCAAAUAUGAUCAGUGGCAACACGAGUUGCGUACACAAUUCGCUCAAAGACUCGGUAACCGCAUGUCUGAGGUGUUUGCCGCACUACAGAAGGCCAGGCAGGAAUUGGAAGGACAGUCUUUGGAAGCCAGCUCUACGGCCCAGGCUGUAACGUUCAUCACCACUGUCCAGCAAUGCAAGCGCAAGGUUAAGGCGUGGGAGCCAGAAAUCAACACUUUCCGCGAUGGACAAAAGACUCUUAUCAGACAGAGAUAUCAGUUCCCUACCGAUUGGCUGUAUGUCGAGCAGAUUGAUGGUGAAUGGACAGCUCUGAACCAAGUUCUUGAUCGCAAGAGCAAGGUCAUCGAGGACCAGACAGACGCUCUCAAGGCCAAGAUCGUUGCAGAAGACAGAGUUGUUGCUGGACGCAUCACUGAACUGACUGCUUCCUGGAAUGACAGCAAGCCCGUUUCCGGUACCAUUCCACCUGAGGAAGCAGUAUCAACGCUGGCCGAAUUUGAAACCGGCUUUGCACAGAUGAAUGAGCAAUCGGAGAUGGUCGCCAGAGCCAAGGAAGCGCUCAAUCUACCACCCAGUGCCGACUAUGGUCUUGCUUCACUCCUGGAGGAAGUUCAAGAUUUCAAGUCUGUGUGGGCAAACCUGAAAAUGGUAUGGGAUGGACUUAACGAGCUCCGUGAACAGCUGUGGUCUAGCAUCCAGCCCAGAAAGCUUCGCCAAUCUCUUGAAAAGCUCAUCCAGAUGACCAAGGAGAUGCCCAGUAGAAUGCGUCAGUAUGCAGCAUUCGAGCACGUUCUUGUUGUUCUCCGUGGUCUUCUCAAGGUCAAUCCCAUCCUUUCAGAUCUGAGAUCAGAUGCUGUCAAGGAGAGACAUUGGAUCAAGAUUUUCAAGGCUCUCAAGCCAUCUCAACGCUAUUCGUCCAUUUCAAUGACACUGGGCGAUAUCUGGGAUUUGCAGCUUGGACCUAGUGAGGUUAUCAUCAGGGACGUCAUCACCCAAGCGCAGGGUGAGAUGGCGCUCGAAGAGUUCUUGCGUCAAGUCAAAGACACAUGGCAAAAUUACACACUCGAGCUGGUGAACUACCAGAACCGAUGCAGACUUAUUCGUGGCUGGGAUGAUCUCUUUGCUAAAUGCAGCGAACACCUCAACUCUUUGCAAGCAAUGCGCCAUUCGCCGUACUACAAGGUUUUUGAAGAGGAUGCAUCUACAUGGGAAGAGCGCCUCAACCGUGUUCAUCUUCUGUUUGAUGUUUGGAUCGACGUGCAGCGCCAAUGGGUAUACCUCGAAGGUGUCUUCACUGGUAAUGUUGACAUUAAAACUCUUCUUCCCAUGGAGUCUAAUCGCUUCAACAAUAUCAACACUGAGUUUUUGGCCGUGUUGAAGAAGGUCUACAAGUCGCCUCUGGUGCUUGAUGUACUCAACAUUCCUGGUGUACAAAAAUCUCUUGAGCGUCUCGCCGACCAGCUGAACAGAAUCCAAAAGGCUCUCGGAGAAUAUCUCGAACGCGAAAGAGUCUCGUUCCCUCGCUUCUACUUUGUUGGUGACGAAGACCUGCUCGAAAUUAUUGGUAACAGCAACGAUACUCUGCGUAUUGCCAAGCACUUGAAGAAGAUGUUUGCUGGUAUCUCUGGUGUCGUUACCGAUGAAGAGGCCAACAUCACUGGCAUCACAUCACGAGAAGGAGAGCAAGUCAUGCUCAAAAAGAUUGUUUCCCUCGCAAAGACACCUAGAGUUAAUGAAUGGCUGGGUGCACUGGAGACAAACAUGCAGGAGACCCUUGCAGAGUCUUUCACCGACGCUUUCACUACCUUUGAUGAGCUUGCUGGACAAGAUAAUAUCGAUGGCUCUGCUCUGGAAGCCUUCAUCAACGACUAUCCUGGUCAGAUCGUUGUACUCGCCACCCAAGCAUGCUGGACAAAGUGGGUGGGCACAGCGCUCAGUGAAGGCGGCGCUCCAUUGCCGCAACUGUUUGAUCGUCUGGUUGAGGUCUUGCGUCUCCUCGCUGCUUCAGUCUUGGGUGAUCUGGACGCUCUCUACAGAAAGAAGUGCGAACACCUCAUCACCGAAUUUGUGCAUCAAAGAGAUACUGUAGAGAAGCUCGUCAAUGCUGGUGCUGACUCUCCAACUCAUCACCUCUGGCUUCUCUCGAUGCGCUACGAAUAUCAACCCGAGGCUGACCUGCUGGAUCGCGUUCAGAUCAAGAUGGCAAAUGCCAUUCUUGCGUAUGGCUUCGAAUACCUUGGAGUACCUGACCGCCUCGUUCGUACUCCUCUGACAGACCGUUGUUUCCUUACUCUCACUCAGGCUCUCUGUCAGAGACUUGGUGGUUCACCUUACGGACCCGCAGGUACUGGUAAAACCGAGUCAGUCAAGGCUCUUGGUGUUCAGCUCGGUCGCUUCACCCUGGUCUUCAAUUGUGAUGACACUUUCGACUACCAAGCCAUGGGCAGAAUUUUCCUCGGUAUCUCACAAGUCGGUGCCUGGGGAUGUUUCGACGAGUUCAACAGGUUGGAAGAGCGCAUCUUGUCUGCCGUCUCACAGCAGAUCCAGAACAUCCAACUCGGCUUGCGCAAGAGCACCAGCGAGCAGAAGGCACAGAUCGAGCUUAUCGGACGCCAACUUAUCGUGCAUCAGAACACCGGUCUCUUCAUCACCAUGAAUCCUGGCUACGCAGGUCGUUCGAACUUGCCCGACAAUUUGAAGAAGUUGUUCCGCAGCGUUGCCAUGUCCAAGCCCGACAAGGAGUUGAUUGCCGAAGUCAUGCUUUACUCCCAAGGUUUCUCACAAGCCAAGCCUCUUUCAAGACAAGUUGUACCCUUCUUCGACCGCUGCGGUGCAAGCCUUUCUAACCAACCUCACUACGACUUUGGUCUUCGUGCCUUGAAGAGUGUUCUUGUCAGUUCUGGUGGACUCAAACGAUCACGCCUUGUGGAUCAUGCCGGAGAAACGCUCUCUGAAGAGAUUGUCGAGCCUCAAAUCAUUGUUCAGAGUCUUCGCGAAACCAUUGCGCCCAAGCUUGUCCGACCAGAUGUUGACGUUAUGCGCCAAGUCGAGGAUGAAGUCUUCCCUGGUGUACAGUACGUGCCAGCAGAAUUGGCCGAUCUCAAAAAGGCAAUCAGAGAUAUUGCUGCUGAGAACAAACUGAUCGCAACUGAUUCAUGGAUGACCAAGGUUCUUCAGCUCUAUCAAAUCCAGAACAUUCAUCACGGUGUCAUGACCGUUGGUAGCUCGGGCACUGGUAAAUCUACCGCUUGGAAGACUCUGCUUGGUGCCCUGCAACGUGUCGACGGUAUCGAGGGAGUCUGUCACAUUAUCGACCCUAAAGUCAUGUCAAAGGAGAGCCUUUAUGGCAGUCUCGAUUCGACCACUAGAGAAUGGACGGAUGGUCUUUUUACCAGCAUUCUCAGAAAGAUCGUUGACAAUCUGAGAGGUGAAGAUACGAAGCGUCACUGGAUCAUUUUCGACGGUGAUGUCGAUCCUGAAUGGGUCGAGAACCUGAACAGUGUUCUUGAUGACAACAAACUACUUACCUUGCCUAACGGUGAACGUCUCAAUCUUCCUGCAAAUGUCCGCAUCAUGUUUGAAGUUGAGACACUCAAGUAUGCAACUCUUGCUACCCUCAUGAUCUCGAAUCACCUUGCCGAGCUACGCAGUGCCAGCUUUGAUGAUCUCGACGAGGACUCUAUCCUCAGCUCUCAGACAGCUGCCGCGGUGGAAGUUGUGCAAAAUCAAGUCGCCGAUUUACUUCAAGAACGUCUUGCUUCGAACAACUUCUGUGCCCAAGCUCUCAGCGAAGCUAAGGGCUACAACCAUAUCAUGGAGUUUACAGAGAUCAGAGCUCUUACCACCUUGUUCUCUCUUCUGCGUAAGGCCUGCAGAUCUAUCAUCGAGUAUAACGUACAACACCCCGAUUUCUCCCUGGAGCUCGAACAAAUCGAGUCGUUCAUGUCCAAAAAGCUUGUGCUUGCUCUCAUCUGGUCUUUUGUUGGAGACUGUCCUCUGACCGAUCGCAAAUCCUUUGGCGAUUACGUUGCCAGCCUUGCCUCUAUUGAUUUGCCACCCUUGGUAGACCAAGGCUCGAUGAUUGACUACGACGUUAUUCUUCCCGAGUCACAGUGGGUACCAUGGCAGAACCAAGUUCCUUCCAUUGAAGUCAACACCCACUCCAUCACUCAAACCGAUGUUGUUAUUCCUACUGUUGAUACUGUCCGCCAUGAAGACGUGCUCUACUCAUGGCUUGCCGAGCAUAAGCCUCUCUUGCUUUGCGGUCCUCCUGGAUCCGGUAAGACCAUGACACUGUUCAGCGCCUUGAGGAAGCUCCCCACUCUCGAGGUAGUUGGCCUCAACUUUUCCAGCGCCACAAGCCCCGAGCUUCUUGUCAAAACACUCGAACAGUACUGUGAGUACAAGAAGACGCUCAAUGGCACCACCCUUGCACCUACACAAAUUGGUCGCUGGCUUGUUCUAUUCUGUGACGAGAUCAACUUGCCUGCUCCUGACAAGUAUGGUACUCAGAGAGUCAUCUCGUUCCUUCGCCAGAUGGUUGAACACGGCGGUUUCUGGCGUACUGCUACCAAGACGUGGGUCAGCCUUGAGCGUAUCCAGUUUGUUGGUGCUUGCAACCCCCCUACAGAUGCCGGACGUACUCCACUUGGUCUGAGAUUCUUGAGACACGCCCCACUCAUCAUGGUUGAUUACCCUGGUGAACUGUCUCUUACUCAGAUCUAUGGUACGUUCAACAGCGCUGUACUCAAGAUCAUACCUUCGCUCCGGGGAUACUCCGAUGCUCUGACAAGAGCUAUGAUUCAACUCUACUCUGAAUCGCAAAAGCGUUUCACUGCCGAUAUCCAGCCUCACUAUGUCUACUCGCCUCGUGAGUUGACCCGCUGGGUACGUGCUGUGUACGAGGCUAUCAAGCCUCUUGAAGCGCUCAGUCUGGAAGGCCUAGUCAGAAUUUGGGCCCACGAAGCCUUGCGACUCUUCUCCGACCGACUGAUCGCCGAAGAUGAAAGGCAAUGGACUGAAGAAGCAGUCGACAGAAUUGCGCUCGAGCACUUCCCUAACGUUGAUGGAGUUACUGCUCUGCAACGCCCCAUUCUCUACUCUACUUGGAUGUCCAAGCAUUACGAGCCUGUCGAUCGUGAGCAACUUCGUGACUACCUGCGCAUCCGUCUUCGCCAGUUCUGCGAAGAGGAGCUUGACGUACCUCUUAUUCUCUUCAAUGACGUUCUUGAUCAUAUUCUUCGCAUUGACAGAGUCUUCAGACAGCCUCAAGGUCAUCUUAUCCUCAUUGGUGUCAGCGGAAGUGGCAAGACCACGCUUUCUCGCUUCGUUGCUUGGUCAAGUGGUCUCAAGGUCUUCCAGAUCAAGGUCCACGGCAAGUACACGGCCGAAGACUUUGAUGAUGAUCUCAGAAACGUCCUCAGAAGAUGUGGUGUCAAGGGCGAGAAGAUUUGCUUCAUCAUGGACGAAUCCAACGUUCUCGACUCUGGUUUCCUGGAACGCAUGAAUACCCUGCUCGCCAACGGUGAAGUUCCUGGGCUCUUCGAGGGCGAUGAAUUUGCUUCUCUCAUGACUGCCUGCAAGGAAGCAGCACAGAGCAAGGGCCAGCUUCUAGACUCUCAAGAGGAGCUGUACAAGUGGUUCACACAGCAGAUUGUUCAGAACCUUCACGUUGUCUUCACGAUGAACCCUCCCACUGAAGGUCUGUCGUCCAAAGCAGCUACUAGUCCUGCUUUGUUCAACAGAUGCGUGCUCAACUGGUUCGGUGAUUGGUCUGACCAGGCACUCUUCCAAGUCGGUUACGAGCUUACUCAAUCUGUCGAUCUCGACCGUGCAUCAUAUGCCUCGCCUGAUAGCAUCCCUGUUGCUUAUCGUCAACUCCAACUUCCUGCAUCCCACCGUGAUGCUGUGGUCAACGCUAUGGUUCAUGUGCAUCACUCCAUGCACAAGUUCAAUGGUAGACUUUUGCGUCAACAGAACAAAACCACUUACCUCACCCCUCGCCACUUCCUUGACUUCUUGUCUCAAUUUGUUAAGCUCUAUAAUGAGAAACGUGAUGAUCUGGAAGAACAGCAACGCCAUCUCAAUAUCGGUUUAGACAAGCUGCACGAGACCACUGUUCAGGUCUCCGACAUGUCAAAGAGUCUGACUGAGAAGAACAUUGAACUGCAAACCAAGGACGCAGAGGCCAAUGAGAAGCUGCAACGCAUGAUUGCUGACCAACGUGAGGCCGAGACUCGCCGUGCCGCAUCACUCGAAGUCCAGAACGCGCUGGUCGAACAGGAGAGAAUCGUCGCAGAGAGAAGAGAAGUCGUCCUUCAUGACCUUGCCCAAGCCGAGCCUGCCGUUAUUGAGGCACAGAAGAGUGUCAGCAACAUCAAGAAACAACAUCUGACCGAGGUUCGCUCCAUGCAGAACCCUCCUUCUGGUGUCAAGCUUGCACUCGAAUCCGUGUGCACCUUGCUCGGUCACAAGGCUCCUGAUUGGAAGACCAUCGUGUCGAUUGUCCGUCGGGAUGACUUCAUUGCCAGUAUUGUCAAUUACGAUAACGAGAGGCAAAUGACCAGCAGCCUUCGUACCAAGAUGCAAAGAGAGUUCUUGUCCAAGGACGACUUCAGCUUCGAGCGUGCGAACCGAGCCAGUAAGGCUUGUGGUCCUCUUGUUCAAUGGGUCGAAGCCCAAGUCAACUACUCUGCCAUUCUCGACCGUGUUGGUCCUCUCAGGGAAGAGGUUACUCAACUCGAGGAGGAAGCCCUUCAAACCAAGGCCAACGCACAGGCGAUUUUCUCCGAGAUCAAGAAGCUUGACAACAAUAUCGCCACAUACAAGACUGAAUAUGCUGCUCUCGUCAGUCAGGUCGAAGCAAUCAAGAGCGAGAUGGCUCGUGUUCAGUCCAAGGUUGACCGCAGCUCGCGCUUGAUCAAGAAUUUGUCUUCCGAACGCGAGAGAUGGGAGGAGACUAGCAAGUCUUUCGACGCACAAAUGGAUACCAUCGUUGGCGACGUCUUCCUUGCUGCUGCUUUCCUUGCAUACGGUGGUCUGUACGAUCAGCAGUACCGUAAGGCUAUGCUUGAAGAUUGGGCCUUCCAGCUCGCAGCUUCUAGCAUCCACCACAAACCUCAUAACCCCAUGGCCGAAUACCUCUCUACCGCAGAUGACAGACUGCAAUGGCAGCAAAAUUCGUUGCCUGUUGAUGACCUCUGCACAGAGAAUGCCAUCAUGCUACAGCGUUUCAACAGAUACCCUCUUAUCAUUGAUCCUUCAGGUCGUACUGUUGAGUUCUUGCAAAACGAGUGCAAGGAUCGUAGAUUGACCGUCACAAGUUUCCUCGACAGCUCAUUCACCAAACAGUUGGAGAGUUCGCUGCGAUUCGGCAACCCUAUUCUCAUUCAGGAUGCUGAACAUCUAGACCCCAUUCUAAACCAUGUUCUCAACAAGGAGUACCAAAAGACUGGUGGUCGUGUGCUGAUUCAACUUGGAAGACAAGAGAUUGAUUUCUCACCUGCCUUCCGUCUCUAUCUCACGACAAGAGACCCUUCGGCGACGUUUGCACCAGACAUCUGCAGUAGAACCACUUUUGUCAACUUCACGGUUACUCAAAGCAGUCUGCGCACCCAGGCUCUCAAUGAUGUGCUCAAAUCGGAGCGUCCUGAUGUUGAUGAAAGACGUACCAACCUUGUCAAGACUCAAGGUGAAUUCAGAUUGCGUCUUCGUCAUCUCGAGAAGCAGCUUCUUCGCGCCCUCAACGAGUCUCAAGGAAACAUCCUCGAUGACGACAAGGUCAUUCAAACACUCGAGACCCUCAAAAAGGAAGCUAGCGAAAUUGCGAUCAAGGCUGCCGAAACGGAUGGUGUCAUGACAGAGGUGGAGCGUAUCACCAUGUCUUACGAUGUCAUUGCACAGUCAUGUUCCGCAAUCUUUGCUGUGCUCGACCAGUUGCACCACAUCAACCACUUCUACCAAUUCUCAUUGCAGUACUUUGUGGAUAUCUUCCACACUGUACUUCGCGCUUCCAAGAGUGGACCCGCUGCGAGCCACGAGAAUAGAGUUGAUGCUAUCAUCAAGGAAAUAUUCAUCAGUACCUAUCGCAGCACUGCUCUCACUCUGCUGCAAAAGGACCGCAUCACUUUUGCCAUGCUGCUCGCGCAAGCCUCGCCUCUCAAAAUGGAUAAGUCUUUGAUCGACAAGGUGUUGGACGAGGAUCUGAAGGGCGUCGACUUGUCAACGAAUCCCGAACUCAGAGAAGAAGCCAUGGCACGUGCAUCAUCCAUCAGACAGUUCAAGGAUGGUCUUAGUCAAGUACCUGAAGAGGAGUGGGACACUUUCUUCUCGGCCGAGUUUCCUGAAAAGAAUGUGCCCGUGCUUGGAGAGACGGACAACGAGCUCGACCGAAGACUUCUCAAUCUCUUACUCAUCAAGAUCUUGCGCGUUGAUCGUCUCGUUCCUGCUGCUGAAGUGUUCAUCACAUCCCUCUUCGGUGCCGCUAUGCUUGACGUCAGUGAUGAUCUCAGCCGUAUCGUCAAGGAAGUUACAGCUCACACACCUAUCGCACUUUCCUCGUCACCUGGCUUUGACGCAAGUUACAAGGUCGAUCAGCUGGUGGAGCGCACAGCUUCUCGCUGUGCAAACGUCGCUAUGGGUUCCAAUGAGUCAUUGGCCAAUGCUGACGCCGCUCUUGCCAAUGCUGCAGCAACUGGCUCGUGGGUCAUGGUCAAGAACGUUCAUUUGGCCGCUCACUGGCUCCAGAACCUGGAGAAGAGGAUCGAUAGUCUUAAGCCUCAUCCUGACUUCAGACUCUUCUUGUCAAUGGAGAGCUCUCCUAAGAUCCCUGUCAAUCUGUUGAGAGCAUCAAGAGUCUUGAGUUACGAGCAACCUGCUGGUAUUAGAGCCAACAUGCGCGAUUCAAUGGCUUCGCUCAAGGAGGCUGGGUCCCAACAACCUGUCGAGAAGGCUAGAGUGUACUUCUUACUCGCCUUCUUGCAUGCUGUGGUCCAAGAGCGUCUGAGAUACGCCCCUCGCCUUGGCUGGAGUGGCUUCUGGGAGUUCAACGAUAGUGAUUUCGAGUGCUCGAUCUUCAUCAUCGACACCUGGAUGACAACCGUUGCUGGUAACCGCUCAAACAUCGCUCCCAACUCUAUCCCUUGGUCCCUCUUGCGCAUCAUGGUCACCGAGACCUACGGCGGCAAGAUCGACAGCGCCUCCGAUUUCUCGGUCCUGUCGCAAUUGGUCUCCUCAGUGCUCACUCCCGCUGCCUUUGACGAGAACUUUGCUCUACAACAAGGCCUUACCGUGCCUAAUGGUACCACGAAGCGAGAUUUUGAGGCUUGGAUCAAGGGUCUACCCGAGCGUGAGCCACCUACUUAUCUCGGUCUUGAGGCCAACGCCGAAAAGUUGCUGCUUGUUGCGCAUGCGGAUGAGAUGUGCGAGGGUCUGCGUCGUGUGAUGGAAGUGCUGGACGAGGGUGAAGCGGUCAUGGCAGAAGCUGCCGAGGUGGUGGAAGUCGAGUAG